CUCAGGCUCUCCUCUCGGUCUCUUCUGCAGCUAUUCGAGAUGGGGGACAUACUCAUACCUAGCCUUAUGGUUGGAGACUGCUCUCAUAGCUUGUGUGUGCGUGCCUCUAGGCUUUGGGAAUUCCUUGAUCCUCAGGAUGACAGUAGGCUCCUGCAUACUGAUCUUGUUUUGCUUGAUGAAGAGCAUACAUGCCCAGAUCUAUCCUCCGUUAUGCCAACAGUUCAGUGCGCUGCUUGAUGAGGGAGCGGUAUACAACCUGAAGUAUUUCUUAGUCAGGAAAGCUAACAGGUUCUACAAACCGGUUGAAAACUGCAACAUGAUCAGCUUUACAAAGUGGACUACGGUUGAAGUUGUCCUCCAGAUCCCCCCUGCUUUUCCAGUUUGCACAUAUAACCUCACUCCCAUAGAACAACUCCAAGCGCGUGUGGACUACAAGGAAUAUUUCACAGAUGUGGUCGGUGUUGUCAGUGUGAUCUCCCAUGUUUCAUCGCUGCGCACAAGGGGACGACAGGCUGAGGUUAUGAAGAGAACAGUCACUAUAAGCAAUGCAAGGGAUACUGGGCCAACCGUUGAUGUUGUCCUUUGGGGCGAGCGGGCCACAGCUUUCCCAGCUGAACAGAUCCACAGGGACAGUCGAUCCUCACCGCAGAUCAUAGUAUUUGUUGGCACUCUCGUGAGGAGUUACGCUGAUAAUGUGUCAUUAUCGGGUGGAUCAUCAUGCAAGUGGUACAUAAACGCACCGCUACCGGAAGUAAACGCUCUCAGAGCUAGUGCUGAAACCAACCACAACCCUGUCAUUUGGGAUCAGGGGAAAGCAGCUGCUGAGAGUACAGUCAUUGCAGUUCCUGAACAUAAGAAACUCAAGGAUAUUAAAUACCUCCAUCCUUUUGAAAAUAAGGUACCAGUACUCAGCUAA